GCUAGUACAGUGGCGAUGACAGUUGUAAACACUUAGACAACGCGUGUUUUACUAGUUUUAUUUCAUUUUUGGUCCUUUAAAUGCUGUCAAAUGCUCAUUAACCGCUGGUCUCGGCUGUGCUCUCUGUGUAGCCGCGGAGUUUACAGCAGCAGAGGAAGGAGAGCAGGAUGGAGGGCACUAACAAGAGGACACACCGGUGCGAAGUAUGCUAACAUCACAGAGGUGCAACACUGCUGGGGGACAGUCAAACGCCUCUGUCACAGUGAUUUUGCGGACUUGUACAAGCAUAAGUCUGUUCAGAGGUAUCUUCAGCAGCUCAUGGAGGAGCACAGAGAGCUCGGAAAGAAGUUAGAGCAUGCAUACCUCAGCGAGUCAGACAGAAAAGCGCUUAAGAAGAAACACACAGAGCUGCUGCCUCUGGCAAAGGUGUUUGAGAGGAUUGAAGAAGCCCUGCAAGACUUAGAGGAAGUCCUCUCACUUCUGCAUAGUUCAGCAGGUACCAAAGAUGAAGAUGAGCAGUUGACCCAGCUGCUGAAAGAGGAGGAAGCACAAAUAUCCCGCAAGAUUUUGGCCUUAAGAAAAGACUUGAUCAGCGCUCUUGUGCCCGCUGACCCUCUGGACUCCAGUAAUAUUCUCCUGGAGGUUGUAUCAGGACGGACAACAGGAGGUGACAUCUGCCAGCAGUUCACCAGCGAGAUGUUUGACAUGUACCAGGGUUUUGCUUAUUACAAGAAUUGGGAUUUUGAGGUUUUGAACUAUACACCUGCUGAAUAUGGUGGUCUGCACCACGCAGCAGUGAGAAUAGCCGGGGAGAAGGUGUACAGACAUCUGAAGCAUGAAGGAGGAACUCAUCGGGUGCAGAGGAUCCCUGAGGUGGGCCUCUCCUCCAGGAUGCAGCGUAUCCACACAGGAACAAUGACUGUCAUCAUCCUGCCUCAGCCGGUGGAGUUUGACGUCCACAUUGAUCCAAAGGAUCUCCGCAUCGACACGUUCAGAUCUCGAGGUCCUGGGGGACAAAGUGUCAACACGACAGACAGCGCAGUGCGCGUCGUUCAUCUCCCCUCCGGUAUAACAGCUGAGUGUCAGCAGAGUCGCUCUCAGCUGCAAAACAGGGACACCGCCAUGCGUGUGCUGCGGGCCCGGCUCUACCAGAGCAUGAUGGGUAAAGAGACUGAGCAGAGACAUACAGCGAGGAAGCGGCAGGUGGUGGGCACACGUUCUCAGUCAGAGAGGAUUCGAACCUACAACUUCAGCCAGGAUCGUGUGACAGACCACAGGACUGGAUACGUUACCAGAGAUAUUAAGGAGUUCAUGAGAGGAGGGGAGGCUCUCCAGGAUCUGAUCAACGACGUACUUGAACGUGCAGAGCGGGAGUCUCUUCUGGAGCUGGUGGAGAGCAGCAGCAGUCUGAAACCACCAGAGUCUGGACAGUCUGCAGACUGACAGCUUCCAGCCAUGUGUACUGAACAUAAAGUAUGUCGUUAAUUGGAUGCAUUUAUUUCUCCAACACUCAUUCCAGUGAAGUGACAGCAUGCCUGGCCUCAGAUAUUUUAAUGUGUGCUUGUGCAGUAGUUGGAAUGCAAAUGAUGUUGAAGAUUGUCAGAUGAACUGCAGCUCACUCAAGAGGAUUUUAUUUUGUAAUAAAAUAUUAAUUUAUGCAUUUUGUGUCACUAAUUCCUUAAAUAAUACAGUUAAGUUUCCAGAAAGAUCUCCAGGGAGGCAGGGAGCAUAAACCCAACAAUCAUAGCGGCCAUUCAAGUAAGUCAGUUUCCUUUCAUAUUUGAUCUUAUUACACAAUUUAUUGACUUAAUUAAAAAGCUCAAAGGACCUUUUUUUUGGGGAGAAGCACUGGUGACAAACGGUCCGUCGAGACAGAUAAUUAUGAAGACUUUAGCGGUAUAAGCAUGGAAAACAAACAAAACACUUUGCAGCAUUUGCAUUUUUUGGGGGAGAAGCACCGGUGUUGGAAUUUGGUCGUCCUUUUGUCUUGGCAGUUUGUAACGUGGAGUCCUUGAAAUGAGCGUGAGCCUGAUAUUUUGACUACACACCAGGUAAAAACUUGUAAUAUAAUAUAACGUAAACAGACAUCCGUCAUGUUUGUUGUCAGUA